AUGAUUGCCAUUGCUUUAGCCACGUCCGGGCGUCGGCUGGGAUCUGCAAAGCAAACCCAGAUGAACCGCUGGGCCGUGCUGUGGCUCUGCGCGGUGGCUGGGCUAUUGCUCUGCGCGGUGGCCGCGCUAUGGCUCUGCGCGGUGGUCCGGGCCGACGCGCAGGAGGAGUUAAUCCAAGCCGUCCUCCAGGAGGAUGGCAGGAGAGUGUUUGAUCUGCUCUAUUACAGGCAGGUCGACAUUAGCAACAUUCGCACUGCUGAAGGCCAGACGUUGCUGCAUCGAGCCUCCGUCUUGUGCUCGAUUGCCAUUUUACACAACCUGGUUGCCUUUUGGCCGGACGGUGUGCAAGUGUGGGAAACUCUGACAGACAGGUGGCCGGCAGUUGUGCUUCAUGUCACCAACAACGCGGGCAACACUCCGCAACGACUUUGCAUGCAGAGUGAGCUGGUAGAAGCCGUCCGCCGCAACAAUGCCAGCAGAGUGGCGGAGAGGCUGUCCGCCGGGCAGUUCGACGUUAGCAGUACUCGCACAGUCGACGAGUUCUCUCCAGCUAAAGGCCAGACGUUGCUGCAUGAAGCCUCCGCCUGUUGCUCGUUUGACGUCUUGCGCUUGCUGGUCGAAGCCUGGCCGGACGGUGUUCAAGUGGCUGACGAAUUUGGCGAAACACCUCUGCAUUCGGCUUUUGAAGGCAUGUUUAAUUCUAAUUGCAAGUGGUAUACCCACUCACCUUUAGAUGAUGUCGAGCCGCUACUGGAGGCAUGGCCCGAAGGAGUAAGCGCCCAAGAUGUCCACGGUGACACACCCUUGCACUAUGCUUCAAGAGAAUGUCAUGUCAACUUGGAAGUUUGGGAAAUGCUGACAGACAGGUGGCCGGCAGGUGUGCUUGCCACCAACAACGCGGGCGACACUCCGCUACGACUUUGCAUGCAGAGCAUACAGUCUCACAUGCAGAGUGAGCUGGUAGAAGCUGUCCGCCGCAACAAUGCCAGCAGAGCGACGGAGCUGCUGUCAGGUGUCCAAGUGGCUGACUCCAAUGGACAAGUGCCUCUGCACCUGGCUGUUGAAUAUGGUUCGUUUGACGUCUUGCGCUUGCUGGUCGAAGCCUGGCCGGAAGGUGUCCAAGUGGCUGACUCCAAUGGACAAGUGCCUCUGCACCUGGCUGUUGAAUAUGGUUCGUUUGACGUCUUGCGCUUGCUGGUCGAAGCCUGGCCGGAAGGUGUCCAAGUGGCUGACUCUAAUGGACGAGUACCUCUGCAUGUGGCUUUUGAACGGAGCGUUGAGCCGUGUGGGCCAUCCGGCAGAGACACGAUACUGGUGCUGCUGGAGGUAUGGCCCGAAGGACUACGAGCCGCAGAUGUCGAUGGUGACACACCGCUUCACUUUGCUGCAGGACCUUGCUGGCGCUCAGAAACGUGGAAAAUCCUCACUGACAGCUGGCCCGCAGAUGUGCGUGCUGCCCUGCGCGUCACCAACAACAAGGGCGACACUCCGCUGCAUGCAGUUCCAUUCCGGACGGGGGACUGGGACUAUGAUCUUUUACAGGUCGUAAAGCAGGUGUGGCCGGACGGUUCUAUGCCGACUGUCCACAGACUUCAAUGCGAGCUGGUCGUCGCAGCGGCUUGCAACGUGACCGCACCCUGGUUCCAGCCAUCCUGGCAAGAGCACGCUGUAGACUUCAACUGUCUGUCAUUCCGACAGCUCUCGAAGCCUGCGGUGCAGCUUUGGUUGAGCUGCGGCGGUUAUGUGGGCUGGCGAUCUCCUUCAGGGAUUCCUUUGUGGGCAGAUUUGGAUAACCCAGACGCCAGGGACUUCUUGAAAGCGCAAGUCUCGACGACAACCCUGAUCUCCGCCAUCUCCGCCGCCCUCCAAGAUGUGCGCACCUGGGUCGUUCCUGGCUGCGUGGUCCUGGUGACCUGCGCGGUCGUGGCCCUCGAACAGAAACUCUUGCAAAGGAAACGGCAGCGCGCAAGUUUGCAUUCGACCGCGAAGCGUUUGGAUCCGUUCCAGAACGGUGCUAUGCUUCUAGUCAGUCGAGCCUUUUCAACCCACGGAACGCUUUGGCGACUCUGGUGUUGGCUGGAAGUUUAUACUGCCAUCUAUCUUUUUGGCUUCGCACUGAUUGUUGCCUAUUGGGCCUGGUGGUUGCCUGUGGUGACUCUGGCUUACUUCAUCCCAGCAGUUCGACUGCGUGGGCUGCGGGCCUUGCUCCGUGCUCCGGCUCUGGCAAUACUGAGCCGGGGGUUUCCCAGCCAAGUUAUUGCCCUCCUCCGCACUUCAGUAUUGAUGGGCAUUGUCCAUUUUCUGACGGCCAUCGCCUUACAGGUACAAGCGAUUCACGGCACAAUCAUCAAUCCGUUUCACGCGGAGUGGAGACUUCAUAGAUUCGGUGGCGGGCACUGGGCACCAUGGGUCGGUGACUACCAGAUCUGGGGUUUGUGGGACAACAGUUCUUUCGGGCCUAUAAGCGCCGCAGAGCUUUUCAUGUGCCUAUAUUUUUUCAGCCUGGUGGUCGUCCUGUCUUAUGUGGUGUGGUUGGCGCUUGUCGUCGUCAUGGGCUGCGCGAAGCGACUCCCUGGUGGCCGAGGGGAUCCAGAGCCUGAAGACCUUCAAGAAGUAGCUCUGCAGGCUGUGAAGGAUCUCUUGGAGCAGUCGCCGGAGCAAUUCGUUGAGGUUCAUUCGAAAAUCAAGCCAGUUGUGGCGCUUGCUUGGCCUUGGCAGGGAGGCGGACUGUGGUUGAGUGUUGCAGUGGUGAUGCUAGAUGUGGGCCUGGAUGUCAACACCGUUGGGACUUUUCUCCUGUCACGGGACUACUUCUUCGCUGCCGUUCUGAUAUUCAUUGUGGUGCGGAGCACCCUGAAGCAGCUGUGCGUCCUUCCCUUGUGGCGUCUCCGCCAGGCCUCGUUGUCAUUGUAA